GUGUGUCAGCGUGUUUCUCUAAACAUACAUUAGCAGAGGUGUUUAAUCAUCAAUUGACACAAAGUCCCCCGAUCUCCUGCCCCUGUUCUCUCUCUCUCUCUCCUACUCGUUCUCCAUAGUGUCUGCAGCAUUGGUCAGGUGUGGGGUUAGUGAAUCAGUGGUCAGGUUUAGGGUUAGUGUACGGUGUGUCUGAAGCAGUGGUCAGGUCUGGGGUUAGGUAUGUGUGUGUGUUAGGGUUAGGUGUGUGUUAGGGUUAGGUGUGUGUUAGGGUUAGGUGUAUGUGUUAGGUGUGUGUGAGUGUGUUAGUGUGAGUGGUCAGUAAUGGCGUCCAACUCCACCACCCAGUUCUUUGCUCUGUCCCAGUCCUUCAGUAUCUCUGACAUCAUCAUCAUCGCUGCUUACUUCCUGCUCAACGUAGCCGUCGGCAUCUGGUCGUCGUGCAGGGUCAGCAGGAACACUCUGAGUGGAUACUUCCUGGCUGGGAGAGACAUGGCCUGGUGGCCGAUCGGAGCCUCUCUGUUUGCCAGUAGCGAGGGCUCUGGUCUGUUCAUCGGUCUGGCUGGAACAGGAGCUGCCGGAGGCAUCGCUGUAGCUGGCUUCGAAUGGAACGCCACCUAUGUGUUGCUGGCAUUGGCUUGGGUGUUUUGUACCAGUCUAUGUGUCUUCAGGG